CUGAAACUCUCCAUCACAUUACAUCGACCCAAGCUCUCUCUUUCUUGAUUGAAGCUUCUCAAUUUUCAGGCCAACCCAGAUUCCGUCACCUUUCAUCACUCUGAUUGACUACCAUGACGAACUUUGCUAAGCUGAACCAGGCAACGGGAUUUCGGAGAUCAAUGACACCUGAUAACCAAAAGGAGCUACCUACCAGUACAAAAGUAGUAAAGAACGACGAGAACAGUGGUGAUCUUUCCUUAGCAUCAAUAGCCUCAAACCUGCAUGAUAUUUCUGCCAUUGUUAAUGCACCCAUCCCCUCAUCCGAUUUAGCUUAUCGUUCAUGGGUGGUGGAGCACCCUUCUGCUCUAGGCUCAUUUGAUAGUAUGAUGAAAGCUGCAAAAGGGAAGAGGAUUGUUGUCUUUUUAGACUAUGACGGCACUGUUUCACCGAUUGUUGAUGAUCCAGAUCGUGCUUUCAUGUCCAAUGAGAUGCGAGCAGCAGUACGCGAAGUUGCCAAAUAUUUGCCAACGGCAGUAAUCAGCGGGAGGAGUAGAGACAAGGUAAAAGGAUUUGUACAGUUAAGUAAUGUAUAUUAUGCCGGCAGCCAUGGGAUGGACAUCAUGGUCCCCUCAAAGCCACUGAAGCCCUGUGAUGGGAAGAACCAUGCCACAGCCUCAGUCUUGGAUAAGGAGAGUGACAUGCUCUUUCAACCUGCUAAAAGAUUCCUGCCUGCAAUUGAAGAGAUACGCCAUGUGUUGGAGGAAAUAGCAAGAAAGAUAGAAGGUGCAAGAGUAGAGGACAAUAGAUUUUGCAUCAGUGUACAUUACCGCAAAGUCCGGGAAGAGGACUAUGACAUAUUAGAAGAAAAGGUGAAAUCUGUGAUUGAAAACUAUCCUGAGUUUCACCUAACUCGGGGUAAAAAGGUCCUGGAGAUACGACCAUCCAUAAAAUGGAACAAGGGUCAUGCACUUGAAUAUUUACUCGACACUCUUGGAUUCAGUAAUUCGGGUGAUGUCCUCCCAUUGUACAUAGGGGAUGAUCGAACAGAUGAAGAUGCUUUCCAGGUGAUAGAAGCUAGAGGACAGGGAUUUCCAAUAAUUGUGUCCUCCACCCCAAAGGACACCAAAGCUGUUUAUUCUCUGCAUGAUCCAUCGGAAGUGCUCACUUUCCUGUUACGCCUUGCAAGGUGGAGAAAAGCCUCGUCUUCAAGCAGGGCACUCGCUCAAAUUUGGGGUCUUGGGAAUUCACACAAGGCCAGUUGCUAGAUUUUGGUAUAGAAAGUUUCAGAAAAUUAGGAAAAUUUAAGAGGCUAGCUUGGUUUAUUUGUUAUAGCUAGCCUUUACUUGAGUAUAGCUAUAGAUAAAGGAACCAGUGACAAAAGAAGCAUCCAGUUUCACUGUGGUUUUUGUGGGCAGUGAAAUCGGUGUUCGCCCAUGCUUGCUUUUUAUUUUUAUGGUUUCAGGUUUUCAGCAUAUAGAUGCGUAAGUGAUAAGACUAGUUAUUAAGAGGUUUGAACAUCUGUGUUGAUUCACCUUUUGCCAUUGUAAGAUA